CAGUUUGGGGGUGGGAUUAUCUCAGUUGCAGGAAGUAAAAGACUUUCAUUUCCUCCUUUCUAAGAGAAGGCAGAGGGAAUAGGGUUGAGCGACUGGUACUGAGCCCAGCUGGACUUUGGGUGAGGCCAUUCUGCCAUGAGGCUAGCUGUGUUCUUCUCGGGGGCGUUGCUGGGGCUACUAGCAGCCCAAGAGACAGGGAAUGACUGUCCUCGCAAAAAAUCUGCCACUCUGCUGCCAUCCUUCACGGUGACACCUACAGCUACAGAAAGCCCUGGGACAACCAGCCACAGGACAACCACGAGCCACAAUACCACCAUUCACAGCACCACCAGCCAUGGAUCCACAACUGCCACUCACAAUCCUGCCACCACCACCAGCAGUCAUGGGAAUGCCACAGUUCAUCCCACAACAAGCAAUAGCACUGCUACUAGCCCGGGAUUCUCCACCAGUUCCCCCCACCCGGGACCACCUCCACCCUCACCAAGUCCUAUCCCAGGCUCCAAGAAGGCUAUAGGAAACUAUACGUGGGUUAAUGGUUCCCAGCCCUGCGUCCAGCUCCAAGCCCAGAUUCAGAUUCGAAUCCUGUACCCGACCCAGGGUGGAGGAGAGGCCUGGGGCAUCUCUGUACUAAACCCAAACAAAACCAAGCCCCAGGGGGGCUGUGAGGGUGCCCAUCCCCACCUGCUUCUCGCAUUCCCCUAUGGACAGCUCAGCUUUGGAUUCCAGCAGGACCUACAGCAGAGAACUGUCUAUCUGAACUACAUGGCUGUGGAGUACAACGUGUCCUUCCCCCACGCAGCACAGUGGACGUUCUCAGCUCAGAAUUCAUCGCUUCAAGAUCUCCAAGCGCCCCUGGGCCGUAGCUUCAGUUGCAGAAACUCGAGCAUCACUCUUUCACCAGCUUUCCACCUUGAUCUCCUCUUCCUGAGACUACAGGCGGCUCAGCUGCCCCACACAGGGGUCUUUGGACCAAGUUUCUCUUGCCCCAGUGACCAAUUCAUCUUGCUGCCUCUCAUCAUCGGCCUGAUCCUCCUCGGCCUCCUCGCCCUGGUGUUUGUUGCCUUCUGCAUCAUCCGGAGACGGCCAUCCACCUACCAGCCCCUCUGAUCAUUUGCCCAAACCCCCAGGGCACCAGUGGUACCUCCAUUUCUUCGCGAUGUAAUUGACUCAAAGACAAAGUUAUCUUCCUUGCUUGUCUUUCUUGAAGAACAAAAACAGAUAAUGCAAUUGGAAGGAGGGGAGAGAUUUUUAUUAAAUGUGACAGACUCCCCCAUCCCCAUCUCCAGCAGGAGAGUAGUAAAACCUACUCAAAUCUUUGUCCUAAAUUUCCCUUGUCAUGCCAGGAUUAAAAGCCAUGACUUUCUUGUCACAUGCCUUCCUGUGCCUUCCAUGGUGUGAGUCUCAGGGAGCCAGAAACAAUGACGAGGAGGGGUGAAAAUGUCAAUGUGUGACCAAAUGCCAUCAUGGGCUCAUCCCCCCCGAAGCCUGGUACAGCUGGUACUGAACUGGCCAGGUCUCUCUCCCUUCCUCUUCUGGGGCCACUGGCUGCUCCAGUUUGCCCUCCCCACCAAUCUGGUGGAGCCAUCGAGCCAGGCAGCCUUCUCCCCAAGCCUCAUGUACAGGAGCAGCAGACAGCCAAAGCAGCAAGUGGGUGGCUGUGUAAUUUCAAGGAGCAAGAGAAUGCCCUGUCCUGUCCACCGUGUUCAGGGCUACCUGAAAAGCCCUAAUAAACCCUUGCUGCACCUGCGAUGCUUCUUCCCCACCUGCAAAGGGUUGCGUCAACCACAGGAUCAGUGGUUACUCUGACCUCCACAUACAGUUACCCUCUACGCUCCUCAGAACAGCAUGCCCCUAUUCUGGGCUACCUGCCAACCCAACCCUGAUGGUCCCAGUACCUGGGCAGGUGUGGGGGACAUUGUCACUUCCAGGGCAGCCUGUGUCCAGAUUCUAGGAAGGGCUUCCCAGACAGCCAAGGCCGGCACCACUACUUAGUGCCAGUCCCAACCUUUACAGUAGGCCGAGGCACAAUGGCUGGAGGCUAGUAGGAGCGCCCACCCCACUGGGGGCCCCCCACACGAGGCAGGACCCCAGCAGUGGCCCCACUGCCUUGCAGACAUCCCGUAUGACCUUGCAGAUUUCAGAGCAAGAGACAACGAAGGGCUGCUCGACAGCGUGAUGGCCAGGAAA